CAAGCUUGCUUCUUGAUACACACACAACACAGCAACCACAUUUCAGUUUAUUGCAAGACAUUACCGGCGAAAACCGUCCUACUUACUGCACGGAUUUCUUCUAAAUUCUGAGGUUAAGAAUAUUAACCAUCAUAAACAUGGCUAGACUAGUUCAGCCUCCACCAAAAUACGUCCCCGAAGAAUGGCAUGCUUCAAACCAUUUACAGUAUUUCACAGCUGAAAAAGAACGAGCCGCAGCGGAAAGGCUUCGCGAUGAGAGCGAAAGACUCCGAGUUGAGAUUGAAGUGAGGACAGUAGAGACCCAAGAAGAUGUCAACAAGAAACUAGACCAAAGAAUUACCGAUAUCAACUUUUGGAAGUCAGAGUUGGAUCGUAAUCAAAGUGAAACAGAGGAAGAGAUAAACAUGAUGCUUAAUUUCAAAGCGCGACUUGAACGCGCCUUAGCCGAUACUGAACUACCUCUGAUGAUCGCCCAACAGUGUCUCAUGAACAGGGAAAAGAGGAUCAAAAUCGACCUAGUCCACGAUAAUGUCGAGAUGCAACUGUUGAAGGAAGUUGAAGUUAUUGAAGGUGUCCAGGCUCUACUCAAAAGAACGAUUGAACAGGCCACGGAGCAAAUCAGACUUCUCAGGUCAGCCAGAUACUAUCUGGAAAAGGAUCGUAAAGACAAGUUCCAUGCCAACAAGAUUGACAACACAUGUGCUGCACUAAAAAACGAUUCUCCUGGUCUGGUCUAUGCUCGGGAUGCUGUGAAAAUCGAGAAAAAUUCUGUGACCCCAGAUGAAUGGGAAGACUUCUCAAACAAGAACAUGCUCAAGGCUGAACGGGAAAAGAAUUUGUCUACCAGUCUACGUAGCAUCAUUGAUGGCUUGCUAGUCCAGACUUUGAACGACUUGAUGAAUCAGUGUAGAGCUGUUAAUCUAGCCUUCGAAAAGAGGAUUGAGGAGACGUUGAAGGCAAAGACAAAGCUGGAAGAUCAUCUUAUGAAGGUGAAAGAAGAGAUUGCUGCCAUGGAAGAGAACAUAGCCACACUCCAGAGGGCCAUUGCACUCAAAAUUGCACCAAUGAAGGUUGCUCAGACAAGAGUUGAGAACAGAACGUUUAGACCAAACAUUGAGCUGUGCAGAGAUCGGGUGCAGUACAGGCUGAUUGAUGAAGUUGUUGAGAUCAGUACUAAUAUUGAGCGCUUACAGGAGAAACUCUAUGAAGCAGAGUCAUCCCUCAAAGCCCUAAUCCGUCGGCAGUUAUCCCUUGAAGAGGACAUUGAAGUGAAGGAAAACAGUCUGUUCAUUGACAGGGAUCAAUGCAUGGAGCUUCGCAAACAAAUUACCCAUGUGCCUCAUUGAAUACAAUAUCUGAAUUUAAGUUGUCUAGGAUAUAGGGCUAGAUGGAGGUUUUAUUUUUUCUCAAACAUAUUAAAGAAUAAAAAUGGCAUCUAGGUUUCCCGUUUCAAGAAAACUUGAAUUGUAAACCCAAUCGUUACCUUGACAGAAAAUAGGCUCAUUUACAUAUCUCAAUACCACAAUUAUAAUGCAAACUUCCAAGUACAGCUGUAAAUAAAGAAUUGUUUAUAAAA